UACAGCAUCCACGGCUGGGCGGCUAGUUCAAGUUGCCAUAGCUGCGGAGUCUGGGGAAGAGAAGAGUCAGUUGCGCCGGCUGCUUCUGGUCAGUUGCAACUUUUUGCAACGGCUAGGUUGGAGUUAGCGAUGAUUAGGCGCUGAGGGCCUCCGGCCCUCUCCUUUCUUAGGUAUACCAUCAGAUCCACGAGAUUGAACAUCCUUCAUUUGUUGCUCCAGCUUUUGGAAUUAACAGUUGCAGACAUUUAAAUGUGUACUGGUGAAUCUCUCAUGCUGGAAAUCAUGAUUCUUUCUUGCUAAAAAAAGGUUGUGAAGAUAACAAUGGCGGAAUCAUCCAGUGAAUCAGAGUACUACCAUCAUGGUCGAUUGGAUAGGCGGAAGUCUCGCACCCACCGACACCAUACUGCAGAUGUUACUGCAAAGAUCCACACUUUAACAAGUACUUUACAGGAUACCAAUCGAAACCUCCGACAAGUUGACCAGAUGCUGGGACAGUAUAGAGAUUAUAGCAACGAACAGACAGAAGCCAUAGAAAAUUUAAGAGAGACUUUGGAGCAAUCAAUAGGGCAAUUAAGGAGUCAACGUAUAUUCAGAAACUCUGGAGUAAGAAGCGCUUCUCUUUCAAGUUUGUAUGUAAGUGACCUGGAUGGCCCCAGUGCAACAGAUAGCCAUCACCAUUUCCGGCCUUCUUCACCACUCAGGGAGUCCAGAGAAUCACAGGGUUCUAGACUACACAGAUCUAGAUCAGCUUGUGUCCGGUUUCUUGAUGAGCCAGAUGAUUUGGCCCAGCUUCAUUCAUUGCACCAGUCCCUCCGAGACCUCAGUAAUGAACAGGCUCGCCUUGGAGAUGACCUCAACAGAGAACUUUCAAGGAGAAACAGGUCAGAUGCUCAAACUAAAAAGACUUUGGAAGAAUUAUCUGUGAGACUUCUUGAAUCUCAAAGACAAGACACAGUUUCAGAACGGGUAGAAAAACGGCUACAAGAAAUAGAGAGAGUGAUGCAUAAUGAAAGACAGUUGGUGGAAAGGCGUCAGGAACAGCUGGGGCUCAUGUCCUUGCAGUUGCAGGAGGCUUUGAGGAAACAGGAUGCUAAAGCUAGUGAAAAUGAGGGAUUGAUGAAAACGAAAUUAAGGCAAUCUGAAAGUGAAAAGCUUCAAGUUGAGCAGGAGUUGGAAACAUCCCGAAGGCUGUUGGCACAGUCAGAAAGCAGUCGAGAGUCACUUUUACUUCAGAUAGAAGACCUGCGUGCUCAACUCUCAGAAUAUCAAGCACCACAGAUUUGUAAGCAACAGACAAACCACCAGGAGGAUCAUGAAGAUGACAGGAGGUUUAGAAGAGGGAUUGAGAAGUCUGAUCGGGAGAAGCAAGAGCUGGAGAAACAGAUCUCAGAGCUGAAAGCCAAACUGAACCACAAUGUCAUGAUGUCUGAGGUACAGGAAUUGAAGCGAUGCAUUGAGAGAAAAGACAAGGAAAAAGCACAGUUAGAAGAACAAACAGAGGCUUUAGCAUCUGACUUAGAGAAGAGGGAGAGACAGCAAGUGCGGAUGUUGGAACAACUUACAGAGAUUCAGAAAUGCUAUGAGGAAUGUGAGAGUGAACGGACACGUGCUAAUUCUCAAGUCCGAGAGUUGGUCCAGCAAGCAGAGGAGUCUACCAAGGAAGCAGAGAGAUAUCUCAGCGAAUUCCAACGGUCAGAGGCCUUGAGGCAGGAGUCAGAGAGGAAGAAAGAAGAAUUGAGAACAAAGGCUCAGGAAUCUAUUAGACAAUGGAAGCUCAAAUAUAAGGCUUUAGAACGAGACUUGGAGAAACAGAAUGAGACAGUUCUGCAUCUUACAGAAAAGAAUAAUCAGAUGCUGAAAGAAAAAGAUGACUUGAAGGGUCAGCUUCACUUAGCUUCAUGCCGGAUUGAAAAUCUUCGACAGGAGCUGAAUGACAUCAUAACCAAGCGUGCUACUCAGGAAGAGGAGCUUCAUUGUAAGGAGAGGAAACUUAGUGAAACAAAGUGUCGGCAAAUAGACCUGGAGCAGGAAGUCAGGACCCUCAGAGAUACUGUACAUCAAUUGGAAAAUGAAUUGCAAAAGCACAGUAGGGUGCAUAACCAGAUCACCAAUGAAAAAGAGCACCUAGAGAAGGAAAUUGCUGAUAUAAAAAUUUUCCGAGAAAAAGACAAGGAAAAACUUUUUGAGUUCCAAGAGACCAUCAAGGACCUCAGUUCAUCACGAGCAGAGCUUGUUAACAAAGUGGCUGAAGAAGAGCGGGCUAAGAAGGAGGCCCUUAAGAGCCUUUCUGAUCUCAAGAAAAUGGAGGGAUCUAACCAGGAGGAGACAAGUACAGUAAUCAGGCAGUUAAAACUAGAAAGAGAUGUUCACCAGAGAGAGCUGGAGGAUCUCCGGACAGAAUUACAGAACAUGAAAGCCAAGCAUGAUCGCAACCUCCAAGAGCUGAAGCUUCAAUUUAAACAAGAACAGAGUGAAGUUGAGAACCACAUUAGAUCCUUAAAGGCAGAAAGCUUGGAAGACAAGAAUAUGGCUAAAAUUCAUUGUUGGCAGCUGGAGAAAGUGAAGAUUCAAUGUGAAAAGCUGGCAGAAGAAUUAGCCCACCAAGAGGAUGAGAACUCAAAACUCAAGCGAAAAUAUCAUCUUGUGAAACAGCAAUUGGAAGAUAAGGAAAAACAGGUAAUCAAUGAUGAAGAACAUUUAAGGAAAAUGGAAGAAACACGGCUGCAACUCAAGGACCAACUGCUUUCCAUGGAGACAGAACAGGAAUCCAUUUUUGAUAUGUUAGGAAGGGAAAUUGAUGCAGCUUGUGAAAUCUUCUCCAGGGACUCGUUGGAUAAAUUCAAAGCUAUUUCUACUACAACUGAUAUACACCAUGAUGUGCGCCAUGACCCACAUCGUUGGUUAGCAGAAAGUAAGACUAAACUUCAGUGGCUCUGUGAAGAGGUGAAAGAGAGAGAAGCCAGAGAAAAAAAGCUGAGGCAACAGCUGUUAUUGCACAGGCAUCAACUCAAGGACAUGACUCAACUGAAGGAGUCUGAGCAUCAGUCUCUGUUUGAUCAGAUAGAAAGACAGGAGCAACUGCUAGAAGAAAUCCAUCGAGAAAGGAAAGGCACCUACCAAUUUGCUUCUUUCUAAAUAGCAGUAUUCUAUGAUUCAUGGCAUUGUAGUAUUUCUG